AAUUGCAUUUAAGAAAAAACUACUGACUUUUAAGCUUAGUUUAUCGUCUCAUCACAACUAUUAGACUAAGGAGAUUGAAUUAAAAUUUCAAGAAGAAUGGGAAAUUUAGCAAAAAAUGGAAAUUAUUAAACAAUCUUUUCUGAAUCAUCUGAAUAAAAAAGUUUUUGUGAUUCUAUGUAUCCAUGAAGAUGAACCUUUCUUGGAAAUAUACACGAAAAAAGUCCAAGCAACAACUCACACACCAACUCAAGUGUUGGAUCUGAAAAAGUGCAACUACGUGGGACUGAAAAUUCCAGUGAGAUCUCUUGGACAACAAGAAACAUUUGAAUUUGUUAUAUCACUCGAAAACUGUGAUGUUGUGACGUUUGCUGCAAAAACUUGGAAUCUCAUGAUUGAAUGGGUCAACUGUCUCAAACUGAAAUUACGUGAACUUAAGAUACUCUCGCCUAAAGAAAAUAUUUACACAAAACCACCAGGAAUGAAGCCAGCAAUCAUUCAAUCGACACGAAAUCCUCGUGACCCACUUCCACAACGUCCAAUGAAUGUGUCCGACAUUCCAGGCUUAGAACUAACAGAAAGAGUUGAUAACAACUCCAAUCACAAUGGAAACACUCGUGAACAAGUUGUUGUUAAUAGUGAAAAUGAGGCUACACAACAAGUUGAGAAUAUUCUCGAUGUUCUAGCAAUAAACGAUGCAGACGAUGAUGACACAACUGCCGAUCCAAUCACCAUUCCAAUAUUCAACUUCUCAACAUCAAACACAACUUCACAGAAUCUCAUAAAUCUUCUCUCAAAUCCACUUCGCCAUACGACAAACACUUUAAAUUAUGCAGCUGCAUUUCAAGAUCUUUUCAAUGUUGAACCAGACGAUGAUGAAGACGACGACGAUGACAUCAAUGAAAAAGAGAAUAAUGAAGAUGUUCCACCAACUUCCGUCGAUAUUGAUUACAUUCCGGAAGUGAAUGUGGAAGCACAGUCAGUACCACGUGAUAAUAUUACCGUUAUUAAGAUCGCCGAAAAUGAAAUGAUUUCAAGUCAAGCUCAUCGAAAGGAAAAUAAUCCGAGAGUCACGAAAAUAAAAAUUGAAAUGGAUUAUGAUCAACUUUCAAAUGCAACGAGUUUAAUGCAUAGUCAUGUAAUGUCGUCAUCACUACAAUCGCAACUGCCGAAGCCUAUUGAGACUCAAAGUCAAAGUCAAGCACCUUCAACAUCAACAUCAGUGGUUAAUUGUGAAAAUGGUGUGGGCGUAAGUGGUGAAGUGAAACAAAUGAUUAAAGUUAAAGAGACGGAAAAGAUUGUUGUUCAAGGAUCGCCGAAGAAAUCCGCACCAGCAACACCGAAACAUCACGAGAAACGCAAAUUAUCGUUGCGUGAGAAGCAAGUUCAGCAAUUGAGAAAUGAAAUCAACACUGAAAUCAGAUUUAAAUUGCGUAAGAAAGAUUGCGUUGAUUCAAUUGCUUUUGUGUCGGCUUUCGGUAGUGUUUGGAUCGCUGGUUUCAAACCAAAUCCCGUCCUUUAUUGUCUUCAUGUUGGCGAUCAAUUGCUUGCAAUCAACAACAUUGUCAUAAAGUCACCGUCCGAUGCUCAAAAAUAUAUCAAGAUGUGUUCUGGUCUUUUCGUUGAAGUCACGAUUCGUCGAUUACCACUCGCUGGUAUCUUUCUCAUCAAACGUGAAUUCGAAGGCCAAUGUCUCGGCAUCAUCAGAGAUGGAAGCAGCUCAGCAAUUGUCGAAAUCAUUCCCAAUUCAAUAUCAUCUCAUAUCCCUCCGCGACCAAUCUCGCAGGACGAAGAUUCAACGUGGAUCAUCACACAAAUAAACUUUAGGAAUCUCAGCUUAAUAAGUCAUAAGAAGUACGAUGAGAUUGAACUGCUUUUAAACUCGAGCAGCUUAGAGAUGAGUUUGUUACUUCAGCCGUCAGAUUUCAUCGCAAAAAUCAAAAAGGAACUGAAGGCAAUGAAAAAUUAUCGUGAUUAUACUUUACAAUAAAUAGUUUUAACAAUUAAGACAUGAUCUUAGACAUGCAAUAAUGAAUUAAUUUUUUUCUUCCCUUUUUAGUUAAAUUAUUAAACUUGUAAUCAUUUAUGUUGUUUGUUUUUCCUUUUUAACGUACUAACAAAGUCUUGUUGUGUGCUGCCAACAUUAAUCAAGAAAUUUCCAACGUUUUUUAGCCCUUAAUUACUCGUAGAUGAAGAACGAAAAGUAUUUAAACGUGUGUCUGAUGUUUCCAAGUCUCAAUCACAACAAAAACUAUUUAGACAAGAAAUUUUUUAUAAAAAAAAGAACAAAAUUCUGAACUGAUGUACUCA